AUGACUGUGGUAGAGUAUACCAGCAAGUUUGAGGAGCUCUGCCAGUUUUCUAAAGUCUAUCAAGGUGCUCUAGAAGAUUACGAGGAAUGGGAAUACAUUAAGUAUGAUGGUGGAUUACAGAGUGACAUAUUGAGUGUUGUAAGGCCUAUGGAGGUCCAAGUUUUCUCUGAGCUGGUGAAUAAGAGUAGGGUUGUAGAGGAGUGCUCAAGAAAGGUUGUUGUAGAGAGAGGUGACCAUCGGGAGUUCCAUAAGAGGGAUCAAGGCAAGAGUUAUGCGUCGAGGGAUCAGAACUUCAAGAGGGGUGGCUAUGCGCCUCAAUACAACCAAGGUAGAGGUGACAAUCGAAGGAAUGACAACCGCCGAUUUCAUGGCAGAGGAAGCCAAGAAAGAGCUCAGCCAUAUCAGUUGAUGUGUAACAAGCCGUGCAGAGCCGGAUUCGACUUGUGCUACACAUGUGGACAACCAGGACAUUUCUCCAAGUCUUGCCCACAUAGAGAGGCUCAGGAUGCUGGUAAGGCUCAACAAUGGGGCCGAGUUUUCACCAUGACUGCUGAUGAUACUGGUAGGUCUGAUACUUUGAUCAAAGGUAACAACGAAAUUAGUAAUAAAACGUUAAUUUCAUUGUAUGAUACUGGAGCAUCACACUCGUUCAUAGCAUUUGACAAAGUUGAGGAAUUAAGAUUGAAAUUGUCUGCAUUAAUCUACAAUUUACAUGUGCAUACUGCUACCUCUGAGGCUGUGAUUACUAGGCUAGGUUGUCAACAAGUAUCAUUUUGGAUAGAGAAUACGCAGUUCUUCCAUGACUUGAUAUAUUCAUCGUUGAGUGGACUUGAUUUAAUUUUGGGUUUGGAUUGA